AGCCAGCAAUGCGACCCGAAGAUUGCAUGACACGGCACCCAGCUUGCGCCACUGUCGACUACCCAACUCUUCCUACAUGAGGUACAACGUCUCGAUGACGCGGCUCCUUAUUCGGUGAUUAAGCGAAGAUAUGAAUGGGCGGUGCACAGUCACCGAUCCAUGUCUUUAGCCCAUUUACACCGCAUAGAGAGAUCUUGUCUCUUCGACAAUUCGGCUGGCGAAUUUGCUGAUGAUGUAUUCCUUCACGGAGUGUCAUGUGAUGACCAGGCUCCACCCGCGUCUUCUUAUCUAAGCCCCUUUUCAGGAGGGAUUUCUGUGAGAAGUCCUGCGUCACGAAUAGAACUUUGUUUGAGCUGCGCUGCUCGUGAAUCUGGCACGGCGCUUCAUCCCACGGGAAUACCAGCGUUUCGUUUAUGCGGCGUGGGAUUUUGGUACUCGCCCUUUAUCCUCGGAUACCACAGCCUUUGCCGUAAGCCGUGUCCCUGGGACGAUGGUGGAAUGGUAACUGGAGUGAUAGGUGCACAGAAAGACUCAGAGGAACUAAGUUCGAAUCUGUGCAAAGUCACUAGUUACAGGAAAUCUUCUGUCACACCGCCCAGGGAUGCCCCCCGGAACACUUUUCCACAAGCCCUCACGACGACUCCUCAAUUGACCAAAAACAAAUACAGUCAACCUUUGCUAUAACGAUUGAAUCUGUACAGCAUUGAUUGAGAAUCCGUGCAGGGUUUCUUAUCGCUAUAACGCGAAUAUCGCUGUAGCGGUAAUCGUUAUAGCGGUGUUUGACUGUACAACGGACAUUUUCGGCAACAGACAUUUUCCAAAAACGAAAAAACCAAAGCGGAGUGAGGGAUAAUAACCCCAACGGACAAAAAGGGCUCAGCCAGCCCAAAAAUCAACCAAGAGAUAACUUGCGACGGGGAGCAAUAUUGCUGUAUUGCUCCACCACGCCGCGGAAGCACCGACCAAGAAGGAGAGCCACGAAGGCAAAAACGAAAGGACAAU